UUACAUUUGUAGAAAGUGGAAUAAGAGUGUCAGUGUACAUUUCUGUGUCGAAAUCAGGAAUCUGUUUUUAUGUUUUACAUUUUGCUUCCUGAGGUGGAUGCGCCUAAAAUUAGAGCAUUUAUCAAUAUAAUAGCCUCCUGUCUUGUUACUCUUAAGGACAAGAGCUAUGUGACAUAUUCAGAUAGGAACGGCGGUCUAUGCUUGGCUACUCAGCCAGCCUAAAUCUAAUAAUAGUUCCCUGUGGCUGCCAAAAUGAACAUGCUGUAAGUCUAAUGGCAUCACAGCAUGAGGUGAUGCAUUAUAGAGGAGAGGUAAAUGUACCUGUGAAUUUCUAUAGGAGCGUGUGACUGAGCAUGACAUGUCAGGAGCUGCUGUCAUACGAGUGGAAAACAUUUUGACAUGGCAAAGUAGGAAAUACACUGGUGUAGAUGCCUAAAUUAAUGGUUUCAUUCUACCUAGUGGCUCCAGUUUCAGGGUACUGGUGUUGCAGACUCACCGGCACACAUAUUUAUAAUGGAUCCAUUAUUAAUCUGAUUACUAAAAUCUGUGCUUUUCUUAAUAUAACAAGUCAAAAUAUGAUAAUUGUUGAAGAAAUGAUGAGCAAACACAACUGCAGUCACUCAACAAGAUGCUUUUCUAGUUUGUUUUCAUCUUGAACUAUUAGAUUAAUGCCACUUUUUGUCUUUUUUGUAUAAAAGUACAGCCAGUAGUUAGCAUAAUUAGCAGAGGCAGUGGCUAACAGCUAAUGGCUAACAGCUAAUAGGCUCAUUUUUAUUUAAGGCUUUCCAGAAUGCACACAACGAAAGGAGUCUGGGUUUCCAUAUUUGUCAGAAAUAUACACAUUUUCCUGCUAUUUCUGAACAAUGAAUCAACAAAAAUGAAUUGGAAUUUUUAUUGUCAUUUUUAUCGUUUUGGCACUGAUAUGCCUUUGAUGCUAGCUCAAACCUAAAAAAUGUGUCUGACCAGGAAAACCCCUGACAUUAAAUGGACUUGUAUCAAUCUUCUAAUCCAGCAUCCAAGAAAAACUGAAUAGGUGUAUAAUGCAUUUUUUAGCUGACAUCAUUUGUUGGAUUUAGUCCUGUUAAUUAGACUGAAAGUCACUGCACCUGGCAAAAAAUAGUUUGCAUGUAACCACAAGCAAAACCAUAGCUUUUGUUCUUAUACUUCAGUUUUGGUGGAUAUCUAAAAAAAAAAAAAAAAAUGCAACAUGCAGUGAAAAUGAAUGAGCUUUGUAGGUGCUGGGAGGUAGAUUUUAUUAUCUUUGGACAGAGCAAGGAAAGUUGUUUCCCUAUUACUUUAUUCUAUGAGUCAGCAACUCUCUGCAAGUAAUAUUCAUGCAUGCUUUCUUUUUUAACAGUAUCAAAAUUGCACUAUUUAUCAAAGCAAGAAACUGUGUAAACAUCAGAUUAUCAACCCUUACUUUAAUCACGUGUUAUGUGCAGUUUUGUUGGAAAAUAAAGCCAAAUUUACACUUAAAACAUAUUUAAUCAAAAUGAGCUUACUUUUACAGAUCUCAUUAAAAAAAUAAACAAAAAUAAAUUGUCUUCAGCAGCCAGAUUCUGUAGAAAACAACCGAGAUGCCAUAACUUACCAGCGGUUUCAGAUAGUUUUCAGGUGAACUGCAGGCAGUGUUUACAUAGAGCAGAGAAGAGACAAGCAACCAAGAAAAGAUUGAGAAAAAAAAAAUCCACUUGAGCAACAAAAUAAUUGCAACGAGGUUUAGAAAUAGCGUACAGAGGAGCAAGUUGUUGGAAGAUACAUUCAGCACAAUGAAAUGUCUUUCUAGUGUGUAGUUUGUAGAGAUUAUAAAAAUGUAAGUUGUGAAAUAUCUAUAGUAUGUAGACAAACUUUGUUUCCUAGUGUUGGUAAAACCUGGGGUAAAUGAUAAACAUAGUAAGUCAAUAAUAAAAAAUAAAACAAUGUAUCUCUUAAAUUUAACUUUUACUAUUUCUCUCUCUUUUUUGAGGAUUUAUGAUAUUUUAAGUGUUUCAUAUUGUAUUCAAAACAGUUAUCUGUACUGCUAGUCAUGGUUGUGCUGUUUCCAUGGAGGUGCAGGACUUCAUGUUGCAGUGAAAAAUGAGUGCACAGUGCGGAAAAAUGUGACAGGAGCAACAAACACUUGGGAUUCAGAACAUUAAACUCUCAAAUUCUGCAUCUUUGACCCACAAGAUAUAAUUUUUCAGCCCUUUUCAGCCCCAAAACCUGAAUUCGAACACCACAUUCAUAGCAAACAAUCCUGCACUCAGCACUUUACAAACUGAUCAGUCUCCUCAACAGUAACAGAAGUAUGUGACCAUAGAAUUCAACCACGCAAACCCAGCCUUCAAAAACAUGCUUUUUAUCUUUUAAGGAGGACAGUGAAAUGCACACCAAGCACUGAGAUCUGCAACAGACAUACUCUGACCCACUGUUGCUGAGGAAUAUUGAAUUGUUUCUUGACAGCUCCCCGAGUGUCAUUUUUCAGUAUGAAUGAGGCCUGCAGAUGGCAAAUGAGGUUACCAUGCCAACUGAUGUCCCUGUAUUGAACAGAGAAGAUAUAGAUGGGAAACAGUUCUCUGGUGAAUAACAUGUUGUUAAACUACAAAGUAAAAGGAGUCCGCUUUGGCUGAAGGAACAUUCGGUAAACACGAUCCUCUGUGGUUAAACAUGAAAUCGCCAUCCUCAUGUACUGGCUAAUAAUUGUUCAGUUUGCAGAAGGAUCAACCAUAAAUCUUAACCCAACAACCACCGCUGGUAUGUCUUGUUGAGAGACAGACGCAUUCAAAUAAACAGUAAUUACAGAGCAGAAGUUCAUUAGUCCAAACUAUUCUUCUAUGAUCUAAUGUGUAGGGUGGUUCAACAACAUGCCUGUGUGGAUAUACUGUAUAUUUGCAUUUUGUAACACUGUUUUAAAGAUGCCGCAGGAAAUAAAAGUCCACUAUUAUCAUUUACAAGCGGCUAAUCAUAUUUUAUGCUCAUUUACUCAUUUUCCCUUUGUAUUGCCUGGCUAAUGUUGCAUAUCUGGGCAAAUCUGAACGAAAAUGUUUUAAUUUAAACAAACAAAAGCAUUUAUUGAGUAUUUAGAGGAUUGUGCAUUUAGUUAUUGAACACCACUUUGCUAUAUAUUUUGCAGUUAUGACCAUUUACGCUGACUGAUGUCAAAGAUUAAGCACAGAUGAACCUAAACAUUCAAGAUUCAAAAGGCGUUUUUUUGCUGUGCAGUGAAAUGCAAAAUGACUGCACAAUAACAAUUAGAAACAUAAUUGUUUAAAAACAAUAAAACGUUAGAAAAAGUCACAGUGUCUAAGUAAUGAGGUAGAGAUUUUGAUUCUAAACAAUGGAUAAUAAACAUCUAAACCAUAGGCUAAUAAUUUGUGGGAGAAUAUAUACUAACAUGCAAACACACCCCAAGGAAUAAACCAAGAGAGAUAAUCAUGUAUUUUUGAUGUAUUUUUGCCUAAAAGGAUGACGAUAAUAUUAUGGUUGUGUUGUUCUGUCACACAGCAAAUUGGUGACAAAAGAGUGGACAAGCUAUUACAACAAAAGUCUGUCUGUGGCAGUAACAGUUGGUUUCUUGAUCUGUCAUACUGGUUCUGCUUUGGCCGUGUCAUUGUGUCUGCAUGCAUGUCAAGCUGUCCCUCCUAAGACGCUUCUCGUCGGAGCAGAAUGAACCUGGCGCUGACACUAAUAAAGAGCUCCAUCUGCGUCUGGCAGGCAGAGGCAAAUGAACCAAUUAAGGUCUGGCGAAGUCUCCUCUUCGCACCUAUUGGCAAUGGCAGCCGUCAUCUCCAUCAUGAUGAAAAGGAGAGAGAGCAAGGGUAAUUAAAUACCAGCAGGGGCCGGGGGGGCAAACCUAAUAACUCUCUGUAACAAGCCAAUAAGAGACUUCAUUGCUUAAGGGUUCACGCAAUCCAAAGCAUGUUAAUAGUGAAGACGAUCACUUACUGCACACUAACAUUCAGGCAGCUAAUAGGCCCUGCAAGAUCCUGGGAGAAAAUUGACCUUGUUAAGAGAUAUCUGGAGUAGCUACAAGGCAAAGUACAAAAAGUCUCUUUAUGCUGCUGUUUAUCUGCCACAGUGAUCUCGUCUGCUCUAGUCAGAACUGGCUUUUCAUAUGAACUCAAAAACACUUUACCACGCUGGAUAUAGGUGCAGUGUUGAGCCCUGUUGUAGCACGUUGCCAUCUGCUGGAAACUGAAUGCUUGCACAACAAUUCUGCAGCAGAUGUGAAUGCUACAAUUAAUACUCACUGACCAUUAUUAUUGCCUCUGACCACACAUAGAGAAGCAGCUGAUAGAUGAUGGGACAGACUGUGUUACAAUCAUCCCGAGCGUUCAUUUGAAUUGUUCAAACAUAUGCUUGAUUAAGGCUGGACACGCAACAACAUAGUGAAUGUAAAUAGUAUAUUAGGUAGUUUUUAUUGUGUGCACCUCAUCCUAGUUUUCUGUUUUCAUUUAGUUUUCUGGGCCCAGACAGUUUCUUCAGAGGCAAAAGGAAACAAACAAACAAUGUUGCACAUUUGGUGGUGCUAAUGUAGGCAUCACAGGCUGCAAAAUUUUAAGGAGACAACACCAAUAUAAUACAAAGAUUGAAAAGGAGUCAGUAAUAGGAUUUUUUUAGUCUUGCCAUGGAUUUCUUAGUUAGUCAGACAAUUAAAAUUAUGUUGUUAUUUCAUAGGCAUGAGGCAGAAAGUCCUGCAAACAAAACUGCACAACUGGCAAAUGAAACAAAGAGACAUUCAACAUAAGUGAUCAUGGGUGUAUAUUGCACAAAUGAAAUACAAAUAGUCAUUUUCAGAAGGCAAAACCAUGUUUUUUUCAUGCACUGCUUAACUUUCAAAUUUAGCAUGUCUUUUUCCAGACUAGUGGAAAGAAAAAAAACAACCAAAAUAUACACAUUGGCGUUUACUUUUACUACACUUGGUCUAAUGGCUACGAGAAAAAAAAUAAACAUACAAUUUCAUGCAACUUCUAAUAAAAAAAAAUAAUUCUCUUUAUGUAAGUAGUCAGCUUGGGAAGUUGCAUGGCUAUGUCAAUUACUUAAAAUAUUUUACCUGUAAACAGAGGUUUCCAGUAAAAAGUUGUGGAAAUUUCCAAAACAUCUCUUUCAAGGCUGUUUUUGAGAGAGAAAUCAGAACUUUAGUAACAUAACAUGAACCAAACUUCCCAGCUUUAUUCUUAUCCAAAUUCUGAAGAUUUUUACAGGGAGUAAUGUUCAUAUCUCAACCAUAGUCAUGAUUUAUAUAACAUAUUAUUCCAAAAAAAUAUGUUUUUUAGACUGUUGACAGUAUUUUUUUUUUUUUUUUUAGAUUUUUGCGACUGAGUAAAAGAAAUAUCCAAAAUGCCUUUUGUUUUAAAAAAAAACCUUUAACUAUGAUGUGUCAACAAACUGAAUAAAAAAAACGUUUAAGAUGAUUUUAUCCCAUGUUUACAUUUCACAGAAUAUGAAUGUAAAUUCAGGGCAUUUUUAGACAUGAUAUAAUGCCCUAUUUGCAUAUUUAAGCAUACAUUUUCACCAAAUUUGUAAUAAAAAAUAUUCUCUUAAUAUAAAUACUCAUCUGCAGAGGUUUCAUGUUGAAAUGGAACCCAUUAGUUAAUUUAUUUUUUACCCUGUUCACAGGUUCCACUCUUCUCCGCACGGCGUCGGUUACAGCCGGAUACGUUCCUACGGCAACGAGCUGAAGCUUCCUCCUGGAGGAUCAUGGGAACGAUUCUGGCUACUGAAGCGGAGGGAGUUUCGAAAUAUUUCACCAUUAUCUACGAUACAACACCCGAAAGCUGUAGUUAUGUUAUCAUUCUCGCAAACAUUUGAUGUGAGCAUAACCUGUGAGUACGGCCUGUGCAGGUGAAAUACUCAGGCUUUUUUACCGGACCAAUUCUCCGCGCAUCAAGCCAAAUAAGCUAGGUGGCUAAUGCUAGUUAACUGCGCGUUAACGGUUCAAGGAAUGGAUGUGAUCAUCUAACAACAUGAAACAUUAACAAUGUCGGUUAUUGACGCAACCGUAGAAUGAUUCCAUAGCAUUAUUAGGCGGGAUAUAUGUAGCUAGCUAUGUAUCAAAUCAAAAUGUUUACAAUAAACUAAACAGCUAAUAACUAACAGCUAAUAAACUUGCUGCUUGCCAGCCAAAGUAGUCUCCACCAACCUUUCCUGAAUGCAUAACUACGAGGAGGAGCUGAUGCUGCUUUUUAAACAUGGAGCUGAAGUUGGAGGUUGUGUUGUCAUCCAGCAUCAAACGGAAGAAGCCAUGGCCACGGUUCUGCUGGCUUGGGCAGGAGAAGGAGUCGGUUUUUCUGUUAGAUGACAAACGGAUCAGUGAGAUCAACAUGGCAUCUGGUCGCACCAAGAAGAGAACUCCUAAACUCCAUCAUUUGCUCAACAGUGUGGUGACAAUGGCUUCAUCCCACAAUGGCAUGUGGCUUUGUGGACUUUUGGUCUCAGGAGAACUGUUUCUGUGGAACAGGGAUAAAGAUUUGUUGAAAACUGCUGCAGCUGUCCCGGAUGUAAUUCAGACUAUUACUUCUGCUCAAGCUUCCACAAGGCUGUCUCUUCAGGUUUCAUGGGAUGGGAUGCGGGUUCUCCUGGUAGCCAUAACUGGGCAAGUGUUCCUGUGGGAGUGUCUGGAUGCAAGGGAUUUGACAGGACUGCGAGAUGGCCACGUCAAGGGACGCUGGGCACAUAUACAGCCCCUUGAAGAUACCAUUUUACCCUCUUCACAAGACAAAGAAGCAUCCCAGCACACCAUCUUUGUGAAGACAGAGGUUUUGGGUGAUUCCUGCUUAUCAGCCUUUGUUUUCACAUGUGGGAAGAAGCUCAUCAUCACCUGCCUUAAAAUACAAUGGCAAGAAUGUCAUGCGGGUUCUUUGGGAUACAGCAUACAGUGGGCCACCAAGACAUACCCCAUGUCUCAUCUCACCCCACCCUGUCAACCAGUAAAGUCCAGAGGUGCCUUGGUGCCGGCCAUCUCCCCAGACGGACGACUGUUAGCUGUCGUCCUGAACCAAAGACAGCCAAAAACUACACAGGUCCUCUUUGUGAGCACACAGAAUUUUGUCUCAGUAUCAAGUGACCUUGGAGGAUGUGGAAGUAAAAAAAUGGAGAUCCCUUCCAAAUACAUAAGGUCCUACUGGGUGGGCAGUGUCAGCUGGUCACCUGGAGGCCUUUUCUUGGCCUGUGUUCUGAAGAGAGGCUCCCUUCUUAUGUUGACUCGCCUUGGGGGGCUUCUCACUCUAACAAGUUCUGGCUGCAGUGUUGACUUUGGGCCUGCACAGUUCCUACCACUACACCCUCUGGUGACGUACAGGCCACCAGUGUCUGCAGCCAAAGGGGAGGCCACUCUGUCCAGCUCUAGCCUGUCUGUGCGUGAUGUCCUGAGACAGCGGUAUUCUGUGACCUGGCAUCCACGACUCAUGUAUUUCAUUGUGUCUGAUGGCUACAUGGCCACAGUUUUGAGGAUGCUAGACAAGCCUUCUCCUGCCCUGUUACUGAAAACACUUGUAAAAGACACUAGCAAGGAUCUGGAGAACACCAGCCGGAUCCUGGAUAAAUCACAGAUUCAUGUGAAGGCAUGGCUGGAGUCAGUAUCGUCCUUGAAUCGAGGUGGCAGCCUGGAAGAGUUCAAAUCCACUGUGACGUGUGGACCCAACACCACAGACUCUAUCAUUUCAGCAGAUGGAUCCACUUUGCCUCCUUUCCUGAUGGAACAGCAGACAUUCGGUGGUACCAGGGAGCUUCUUGAAAGUGUACAGGCUCUCUUUGAGGAUGACUCUGAUGUAGAUGGACUUCCUGCUGGAUCCCAUUUGGAGGAUGGUGGUCGUUUGGAGUUUGCCUCAAUGUUUGAUACACUCCAUGCCCUGGACACACACACUGACACUAGUCCAGAUCAUGAAAAAGACUUUGGUGAAACAGACAGGAAAACUCCUCUUCUCCGUAAACUUGGGAAGAUCCAGAGGAGGCUGCUAACAGCUUGGGCUUUUGGCUUGUCUCUAGGAAAUGCUGUGGAACACAGAACUCGUCUGCUGAGGCAUACCCUUUGUUGUGUGGUGCGAUUUGCUGCUUUGCUCCUUUUAACGCCCAGCUCGGUGGUCCAGACUGGAGAAAAGAGCACCUCUGUUUGCCUCACACACCUCAUCAAAGCCCUCCUGUCAUUCCUCCCCUGGGAUAGCCCUCCCUCAGAUGGCCCGUGCUGCUUAGGGCUGAUGGUGGAGUUCAGUAAACAGAUAGUACAUCUUCUGCUCAGCCCUCACCCUGACCCCUACCAGACCAGUCAGUGUCAUGUUUCAUCUCAAAGUCUGUCCCGAGUCAUGCUUAUCUUGCAGCUGGUCUCAGAUUCUCUUGACCAAACUUACAGCUUGCAGCAAAAAACUGUCUGGUCCUCUGGAGAGAAGGAAAAUCCCUCCCAGCCGCCACAGCUCUGGCCUUCAGAUGUAUACUAUGUGCCUCUGCUGCAGGAUGAAAAGGAAGAGAAAUCCAGUUUUGUGCAGCAGGCUAGACCUGUUCCCCAGAGACCAUCCAGCAGAUUGUUGGGAGUGUGGCAGCUGGUGUACAAUAUCACCCAAAAGUAUAUGGAAGAACUAAAAAGCUUUAAAGACUGUGAUGGCUGGGAGGAGGAAGAGCAACAGCUGUCUGUCAUCAUGUCUCAGAUCCAGACAGCUCUGCAGGCUACAGGAGAAAGACUAGAGGAAGGCCUUGCACUGCUGAGUUAUCCAGGUGAACAUCUAUACCUGUGUGGCUUCUACCCAAAAAGUGCAGAUAUGUGGCAGUUACAAAUUUGUGAGAUUAACAAACGUUGUGGUCGUAGCGUCUUCCAGGAGACUCGGCUUUGUCUGGCGCUCCUGUAUAGUCUGUUAUCACAGUACCAUCUGAGAGAAGCUCAGGAAUUGGGGGACCACAUGGCCCAGCUAAUACUGCACAGGGCUGGACUCCAGAAAGACAAUACAAUAGUAGAUUCUCUUCCUUGCUCAUGGCUGCCGAUGGACCUCCACAGUGAUGCAGCCUGUGCAGUGGUUCAGACCCUGGGCAGAUUCAUGGCCUCUUACUUCACCAACCAACCGCUCUACAUCCUGCCCCCUCACAAUGUGGCCGUCCUGCCUCCUUUACAUUUACCUCAUGCCCCCAGUGUUGGGCGUUUGGUGCCGCUGUGCCAGGAGGAGGUGGCUAAAGCAGUUCGACAGCAGCAUCUCUCAGAAGUAUGGACGGUGGACUAUGCUCAGGACCUGCUCCUGAUUGGAGGUCUGCUUCCUGAGACUGUGUGGUUGGCUUAUCAUCUGGGGGACUGGAAGACAGCAGUGUCUCUGAGCCUUGCCUACACCAGUUACUGCACCGACCAUUUAGACUUCAUCCGGUUCAGGAGGAGAGAGCAACACCUGCCAGCAGCUUUAGAACCAGCAAGCAUUUUUCAGGCUGAGUUGGAGUGUCUUCUCGACAACAAGACUGACUCCAAAGAGUUCACAAAUAAAGAUGGUGGCAAGAGCUUUACAGAUCCAUUGGAAGGAGAAGACAGGGAGUUGUUACAGGUUUCCAUACAGGAGAUUCUGAAGGCAUCAGUCAUGGCGGGAGUGAAUGUUAUGUCCUCGCCCUUGUCUUCCUUGCUGGAAACAGCCAAAGACCUGUGUUCUUCCCUGGUUGCCCUGGUGCCAACUGGAUUGUACCUCCCAUCCCCACCUCUUUAUUGCCCGCAGCCUUCUGCGAACACACAGGACCAAAUCGGGACAAUGAUGCAGCUUGCAGAAGUUGAAUGUCGGCACAAAGUGUCUGGGGCUCUCCAGAGAUUGCUCUUACUUCUGAGAUCUGGCCGUUGUUGCUAUCCUGCUGCCCAGUGGUACGUCGGCCGUCUGCGCCGUGCCAGACACCUGCUACAUAAGAUCAAGAAGAAGUAUUCCUAUCCAUCUGCUGUCAAAGAGGAACAGGUGUUCCCAGAGGGACUGAUGAGGUUUAUUGCUCGUCAUGGAUUUUUCAAACGGGGGCCUAAAAAAGACGGUCACCUGGACCCUGACACCAUUCAGACUAUUGUCUGCUUUAGGGAGCUGUGUGCUUUGUGCUGGAUGCUGCAUGUCAGGGACCAGCUCUCCAUUUGCUGCAGGAGGUAUCAGGCUGCCAGACAGUACGGUAGAGAUGAACAGAUGUCUGGUGAUGCAGAAGUAACAUCUGCCUGUGUUGAUGCUCUCCACUGGGCCCGUCGUUUUUUGCCAUUCUGUCGCUUCCUCAAUGCUGAAGAAAUCCUUCAGGACAUACUGCUCAGCCUUGUGUCUGAACUACCGCCUACGUCUCUGGUUGCAGACACACUGGUGCGAGCCUUCCCUGAUGAGGAGGAGUCUGUCAGAGUCCCUUUGAGAGAAAAGUAUAACUCACUGCUGCAGAGACUGAGGCAAUGCAGUGUCCUCGAAGGGGAACAAGAGGAGGAGAGCGAGCUGAUGAUGAUUGUGAUUCAAGACAAAAAAAGACAAAGGAGGAAACAUCUGGCUCGCUUGAAGAGGCACUUGGCUCCCCCUGUGCUUCAUCUGUGGGAGAAAGAAGAGGAAGAGGAGGACAAGGGAAGUAAACAUGGGAUGGCCAUGUUAAGACAACUGUCACUGGGUACAAGCUUGAGCACCAGCACCUUAACGGAAUGUGGCUUCCCUCCAGUGUGCAGUGAUGGAGACACAGCAGAGAAUACAUCUGAGGCCAUCUCACCUGAGCAGCACUGCAGAGCCCCAACCAGAUGCAAAAGUGCUAAAAAAGUAAAACACAGAGGACAUGCAAAGAAGGCUGCUGUUAAGACUGAAAGUGUCAUUCAAGAGGAGGGUCAUCGAGGCAAUGCCAAGGAGAAUGAGCAGCCCUCCCCGCCAGUGGUUGGCACCUGGGAGUUUGAGCUGGAAGAUGAGGAGUAUCUAAAUUUCCUGGAGCUCUUCCUCAGCUAUGUGCUUGAAAAGGAUAGCACAGAUGGAGGGGACUCAGGCAGUGAACUUCCUCUGCUGAAAGGCUUCUGCUCCCAGCUGAGGGAGAGAGAGUUGCAUUCUCUCACCUUUGAUGUGCUCAGCACUAUACAUCGGCGUCAACGAGAUGGGCACCAUCCUGCAAGAAAACACUUGAGCAAUGAACCACCAGUGUUCAGAGCUGGGUCUUGCUACAAGCCUGUAAAAGAAGGUACAUCUCCAGAGCGACAAACUCCCUCUGUCUUGAGUGAAACCCCGAUGUCCAGGACCAGCCUUUCUGUCAGCUCUCAUCCUGGAUGGAGACCUGGGAGAAAAAAGGGUUUGUUUGGCCUCCGACAGCAAAGCAGUGUUCCUUUAGACCAAAGAGUGAAAGGAGCCCCUAUUGGUUCCGAAACCAGCCCUGUUCAAAGUGCCUUUACAACGGGGAAGCCAUCAGAGAGCUUCAUAUUUGGCUCUUCAAUGUCUGUGGAAGCUGUGACUGAAUUGCAGCAGGGCCUGGAUCCUAAAUUAGAGGCUCAGUUUCCAGAGCUGGCCAGGUUGCUGGAGUGGAUGGUACGCUGGGCUGACAGAAGGGUGCUACUGGGACAUCAUGGUAAAAAGAAGAAAGAUAAAGGAGGAAGAGUUGGGGGAGCAGCUGAUGAAGGAGUUGUGAUUCGUGUCAAAGCCUCAGCGCCUGCCAUCCUCACCUCCCUCAGUUUGCUGGAGUGCAAGUACUCUGCUUUACUCGGGACUGACCACUGCAGUGCCCACAUCCAAAUUCCAGAAAUGCAAUUGACCGUAGCCCCUGUGCUGCAGCCUGAGGUGGAUAGGAAGCUGGAGAGAGAGAGCAGUGUGGAUACAGGCUACCCUGGAUCAGCCAACACUCCCAUCACCGGUCUUGAUUACAAUCUACAGCAACAAGAACUAUCCAUUGCUUCUUGUACAGAUGAACCUGAAGAGCUGACAUUUCAGAGGACGCCUUUCCCUUCUGACCAGCAUCAACUGACCUUUGAUUCACAGCAGAGACAAUCUAGUUCCCAGCAACCAUCUCUGGAUGACUUGGAUGUUACAUCUGAAAAAGAAGGCAAAGGUAGCGACAGUGAAGGCUUGGAUGUGUCUUCUUCUGGUUCUGAUGGGAAAAUCUCUGGAAACAUCUGCACACCUGAAACAAGUUUAAAGCUUGCGGACCUAGACUUGUCAGAAAAGGCUGACGAUACGUCCAGUUCCACCUCUAUCCACAGUUAUGCUGGAAGCCUGCAUCCUCCUCCACACCCAGAGCCCUCUGAUCCUCCCACCAUCCAGUCUCAGGCUACAGUUCGUGCAGAACUUUCCGAUUCAGCUGCCGUGCUGCAGCCCAAUACAGCUGUAGAUCCUCCAACUCCUCAGGCGCAAAGCUCCACAGAUGAUGCACCCACUGUGGAUUCUACAACCGCCAAUCAGCCAUCGACUGCUCAGACUCCAGCAAUGAGACAGCGUCUGGGUGAAGACUUAUUCAGGCUGGUUCAGAAUAUCAACUACAUGAGUAUGAUGGAAGUUUUGGGAGCUUCAUUUUCCAGCCUACAACUUGCCCAGCAGAGCUUUUCUUUGGCCCAGUCUGACAUGAACUCCUCACACCCUAAUGUGCCAUCAUCUUUCAAUACCAGAUUCAUCCCUCAACCAAAUGUCGUACCCACUCAAAGUACCAUGUCUGCGGCACCUCAAGUGCAGGCAUCUGUGUCAAACUCGGGAUCCAACAACCCUCAGCUCUGUCAGAAUGCUGCAAGUAUGUUUGCAGCUCAGCCUGCCAUGCAAAGCUCAGCGAAAUCCUUUUCAGCUGGCAAUCAGUAUCACAACAACAUGAGUGUACCCUCCAGUGCCAGUGGUGCAGGGGUAAAUAAUCAGGAAAUGCAGCCACUUUCUGUCCAGGCAGAGCCACCAGAAAUCCAGUUGAAGGAGAGCAGGAGGUUGAUCCCAUCCUCCCAGGGACUCCUGGCCACGACUGACACCAGUCAAGCUAUUCAUAGUACUCCUGUACUGCUGCCUUCUAAUGGCAGCAUACAAAAUGAUUCCACAUCCCAGAUUCUGGGCCUGAAGUUACUUCAGCUCCACCGCUCUGUUAUGCCCCAGCAAAGUACCACACACUAUCCACCAGUGCAGCUGCAACAGACGCUGCACGCUGCAAACCCUGCAGCUGUUUGCAACAAUGACCAAGCUACCUCAAACAGAUCAGGUGGAGAAAAAAGAAAUAAACCUUCAGUUCCAAAGAGACAGCUGAGUUUUAAUCCUCCACAUGAACCAGCUCUCAAAAACUCUCAACCCCACAUCUGGCCAUCAGAGCAGUCCAGAGGUCAACAGUUCUCACUGCUUCCCCCUGGUUUACCAGCUCACACACCUGCACCGAUGCAAAGCCUUCGUCUGCUGCACUUUGAGUCUGUUUCACAGAACAACAUCACCUUCCCCAAAAUACCUUCACCAUCUCCCUCCAGACCUUCCACUGUCAUUGCACCUACAUUACGAGAAGCACCUGUGAUCAAGCUUCUACAGAUUGAAUCUGGGCCAAAAAUGAUGCUGCCCCUGGCUGCUCCUUCAACCCAUAUGACCCGUCUCAUGUCUAUGGAGGAGCUGAGGAGGCAGAAUGCUGAAGAGGCUCGACUGCAGCUGCUUAGAGUAGACACAUCCACUGAAAGCACCAGGAGGGCUGCCAUUUCUUCCAGCUCAAACACCAGCAAAAGGCAAAAGAGGAGAGAGGGGAAAGUGGAGAAGGCAAGAAAAACAGAAGUCACAUUCAGACCAAACGAGUCUAUCAUCCCUACAAAAGAGCCAGAAGAUGUGCCUGUAAGUGAGGAGCCUGCAGUUGCUGAAGAGGUCACCCCUGGAUGGGAUAUUACAGGAUCCUUUGACUCUUCACUGACUGGCCAAAGAUUGUUGGAAAAGGCUGUGUCCACUUCGGCUGAGCUCCAUGCCUUUGCUUCCACACGUAAACGACCACCAGAGUGCCAUGAUGCUUUCACCAAUACAGACCCAGCCUCUUCUCCAAUGCUGGUUGAUAAAGCCGUGUCAGUCCGGGCUUCUGUGAUGGACAGUAGCCCUAAAUCACAAAGUUCGAGAAUUUUCCAGAUGUGUAAUGAAAACCCCAUUCAGGACUCAGAAGAGACCCCACAGGAACCAGAGAGGAUCCUGGACCUGGGUGGCCGCCAGUUUCUAAGUGUUUUAGAUUUAGAGGACAUGAUGCAGCAUCAAGAUGUGUUGCCGUGUCCCAGCCCAGGAACACAGGAUGUUCCUUCCGUCCGCCCUUCUUCACCUACUUCUGCUCAGCUUCAUGUUCUUGCAACAUCUGUUAUCAGAGGUUCUGCUGCUACUCCUGAUCCACAACCUUCAGCUACUAUUCCAGAAGAUCUCCUGAAACCCACAACUCACCCAGAGUUUCCUUCCUUGAGCCGCAUUGAGCCCAGCAGAGUUUCAGAGAGAAUCGCUCUACAAGACAGUGUGAUGAUCGAUCCGUCUGACUCUGAGAUCUGUCAGGCCAUAAAAACACAGAGUCUUGCACCUGGUGGAGCCUCCUCCUCACCUCCCACAGUCUGGUUCUCCUCUCGCCUGACAGAGCUGGACACCCAGCUGGCUGCUCUACAGAACAUUGCAGAUCAUCUGGAAAAAGACUUGUCAAACUCCAGGAUGCUGGUGAAUGACAUUGAAAAGCUCACCCCAGAUGUGGCUCCUGAUGUGAAGACGAAGAAAACUGUCAGACUUUCUGUCCCACAGAAAGCGUGGCCACCAAGACCUGAUCCAGACCUUUUAUUUGAAGAGGAAAAUCCAGAAAAUGAAUAUUUGGUUCCGGAGAGAAAACCUUCUUUUCAUCAUUCUGCUUCCCUUCACAGUCCCCAAGCUGGUCCUUCCUACCUUCACUCUCCACCAAGGAUUGAAGAUCAGUUUGCUGAAGAAUACGGGUUAUCUCAUGUAUGGGCAGAUGAGGAUCUGGGUCAAACUGGGCUAUCCGAUACAGCAGAAAUCUUAGCCGAGUUGGUAAAGGAAGGUUAUUUAUCUCCAACUGACUUGGAUCUGUCCUCUUCACAGACUGCACAUCCUAACAGCAGGCCAGAAAAGCCGCAAACCAGCUGGAUGUCGCAGAAACGAGUCCUUCCGGAGGAUGAGAGAAGAGAGCUGAGGAUCUGGAUGAGAAGGAAACAAAGGGAAAGACUGGCUGUGUAUCAGAAACAAAGGGAAAGCCUGAGACAGAGGGAGCGCAAACCUUUCACUACCUCUUCAGCAGUGCAAUCAGCAAACAGAAAUCGAGCGUCUGUUGGGAGAACCAAAAAGGAAAAAGAAAAGUUCAUGCUUCUGGAGCAAUUCAACCAGAGGACCCGUGAGGCUUGUUCUUUGGCCAAGGAUUUUCCCAACUCUACUGUAACGCUGCACCGUUCUUCACACACUGAAGGUCCUCCAGUGACCUCCAUCACACGGUCGACCUCCGCUCCACCCCCACACAGGACUUCCAGUGCUGCUGUUGUUGAUAAAAGAAGUCUUAAGCCCCACUCAGGACAAGCUCCUCCCCAUCUUUGCUCACAGUCUGUGGAUGUGCAGUGGCAGCCUUCAGAGGAUUACCGCAGGAGACUGGGACUACAUAGACCAGCAAGGUUUUUGCCAAAGGAUCGUCUGUCUCAGGUGACCAGGCGUGGCAUGAUCUCUGACACAAAGAGCCAAACUAAACCGCAUGCAGCCAGCCAGAGCGAGGAACGACAUGUUGGAUUCCAGAGAAAGAUGGGGGUGAACAGAGGUGUUGGAGCAGGGACAGCUGUAGGAAGAGGGAUCCUGUGGGAGCAGUCAAGAAUAGAAGAGAGAGAAGAAGUGGACCGUCCAGAAUUUAACAAGCUGCAGGGCCCAGAGGAGUCUAACAUUGCUUUGGCUGGGAUUUUCAGUGACCACGAUGAAGGUGCCAGAGCUGGUGUUUCAGGGAUGGACUGGCUGGACAAUCUGUCUGGAAGCGCGAGCAGCAGCCUCAGCAAAAUAGACUGGGCUGCUAUCGAGAGGAUGGUGGCUGAAGAAGAACCUUGAGUGUUUCAAGGACAGAAAAAAGUGCCACCUUGACAUUUAAGUAGAUGGUGUAUUAUUCGAAAAAAGUAAUAUGCCAAGAGUUCUUGUGCCAUUUGCAAAUAUUGUAAAUUAGAUUUAAACUGUGAUAAUAGAAAGUUUAAUAUACUAAACACAUUUUAUAUGAUCAACAGUGAUAUUUAAUAUCAUAAAAAUAUCUUUAUAGACUGUAAGUCCCACUGAUGUCUGCUGUGAUGUUGUGAAAAUGUAGGUUUGUGCCAUUUGUGUCUAAAGUUUUGUACAUUUAUACUUUAUUUUUGCACAUGAUUGGCUGCCUUAACAAAUAAAAACUUCAAAGCA